GGCCACCGGGCGAGGCAGAUGGCGAAAUCUGUUGGUGUGCGCUCUACUGGGCUUCUUAUGGAAGAGGGUCUUCGGUACUUCUCCGAAGCUCUAGUGCAGGGUCCUUUUCGUAUCUUGUCAACUGUUACAGAUGUGAUUUGAAUGCCCUAGCCAAUGAUCGUGAACGCAAUCAUCGGCUUCAUGUUUGACGACGCAAUAGCGCUGAUAGUGUUGCGGACAUGUAUGUCGGAGACCCGAAAGUGGAAAUCCCUAUAAGCAUAGUCCAAGAGGGCGGUCCCUUUAGCGAAACCUUUCUCGCCGAGUUGAACCCUUGCAAUUUCAUGACCCACCAACCUCGCGAACUCUACUGCGGAUGCGACUGAAGCUCUCUGGACCGGUGCUGGAUAUCGUGGAUGGAACGAAAAGCUUAGAGCCGUUGACCGAGAUGGCGCAACCGACGUACCGCAUAUCCAUUCGUUCGCGCUAAUGGCAGCAGUGGGAAUGUUGCCAGCACUAUUGCCACGAGGUCGCGGACACAGAACGCGGUGUUUGAACGCCACUCAAGAAUCCGCCCUCGUCGCACACAAGGCGAGACCGGCAUCCACGCGCAAUCUUCCAUCACUGAGACGAAUGCCACAUCCUGUGCUUGGCUGUGCAUUCCUCCCCGAGCCCUUUUGUAUCACACUGCCGAAUUGCUCAAUCAGAAUUCGGAACGAGCGAACAGGUGUCGUGACGGAGUUGGAUGAUAUUGUCGGACAGCAUAAUCGUGAUGCAUUGCGACGCGCCUACGAUACCGAUGGGGUGGCAUGUGUCUGUUAUCGCAAGAAAGAGCGAUGAGAUGAGGGACGCAGCAAAAGCAGCAGCAUCUCUGUGACGGCAUUAGUGCUGACAAUGCAAGCUAUCGCAACACUCUUUCGUGGAUGUCGACAAGCAUGUAAGAUUGCACAGUCAGACGAGGAAAUUCCAACAAAAUGUUUAGAUCGCAUCUCAACAUCCUCCAAAGCCCUAGAGGUUCUCGCUACGCGAAGUCGCGUGACUUCGUGUCAACUGUGUAGGUGCGGCCCUCAAUCAUACCACAACACAUCCAGGACCAUCAAUAGAUACUACGAGCAAUCAGACGCAGCGUCGUGCAAAAGGUAACGAUACUGGAUCAACUAUGAGGGGGACUGUC